GCUCCGCGCGUGUGAGAGGUGCUACGUUACGCGACUUCGUCACGCCGCUUCCAGGCUCUUCCUCAGGGACUAGUUUACAUCUUUCGAAAGCAUGCGCGAGUGUAUCUCAAUCCACGUCGGGCAGGCGGGCGUUCAGAUCGGCAACGCAUGCUGGGAGUUAUACUGCCUGGAGCAUGGCAUUCAGCCAGAUGGCCAGAUGCCCUCUGAUAAGACUGUCGGCGGAGGUGACGACAGCUUUAACACUUUCUUCAGCGAAACUGGCGCAGGGAAACACGUGCCUCGAGCUGUCUUCGUGGACCUGGAGCCUACCGUUGUGGAUGAGGUUCGGACUGGGACAUACCGCCAGCUAUUCCACCCUGAGCAGCUGAUCACGGGCAAGGAGGAUGCAGCCAACAACUAUGCCCGUGGCCACUAUACGAUUGGCAAGGAACUGGUCGACUUGGUUCUAGAUAGAAUCAGGAAACUGGCGGACCAGUGCACAGGGCUGCAAGGGUUUCUGAUCUUCCAUUCCUUUGGAGGAGGUACUGGAUCGGGGUUCACCUCGCUACUGAUGGAGCGUCUCAGCGUCGACUACGGCAAAAAGUCGAAGCUUGAGUUCGCCAUAUACCCAGCGCCGCAGGUGGCCACGGCCGUAGUGGAACCCUACAACUCCAUCUUGACCACCCACACAACCCUGGAGCACUCCGACUGCGCGUUUAUGGUGGACAAUGAAGCCAUCUACGACAUCUGCCGCCGCAACCUGGACAUAGAGCGUCCCACGUAUACUAACCUGAACCGCCUGAUUGGCCAGAUCGUAUCCUCCAUCACUGCUUCGCUUCGCUUUGACGGUGCGUUAAACGUCGACUUGACGGAAUUCCAGACAAAUCUGGUACCAUACCCGCGCAUUCACUUCCCAUUGGCUACUUACGCCCCUGUGAUCUCUGCCGAGAAGGCCUACCAUGAACAGCUGUCAGUUGCCGAGAUCACGAACGCCUGCUUCGAACCGGCCAACCAGAUGGUCAAAUGCGACCCGCGUCACGGCAAGUACAUGGCCUGCUGUAUGCUGUACCGCGGCGACGUUGUGCCCAAGGACGUUAACGCUGCCAUCGCCACCAUCAAGACGAAGCGAACCAUCCAGUUUGUGGACUGGUGCCCCACCGGUUUCAAGGUAGGCAUCAACUACCAGCCGCCGACGGUAGUGCCCGGCGGUGAUCUGGCCAAGGUGCAGCGCGCCGUGUGCAUGCUCUCCAACACCACCGCCAUCGCCGAGGCCUGGGCCCGGCUCGACCACAAGUUUGAUUUGAUGUACGCUAAGCGCGCCUUUGUGCACUGGUACGUCGGCGAGGGUAUGGAGGAGGGUGAGUUCUCAGAGGCCCGCGAAGAUUUAGCCGCCUUGGAGAAAGAUUAUGAAGAGGUUGGCAUUGACUCCGUGGAGGGCGAGGGAGAGGAAAAUGAGGAGUACUAAUGUCGGCCGUUGCGCUGUCUCCUUACAUCGGUGGACUACACACCCAUGUCGGGAAACUUCGCAUGUCUCGUACGAGGCAGCCGUUUUGGUUUGUGGGUACACAUUUCGCAGCCUGUGCGGCGUGCUGUUGCUUGUCAUGGCUUUCUUUUGAAAUAGUUCAACAAUACACGGUCGCAUUGUUCA